CCGGCGGCGGCGCGCAGCGGGGCCGGGGCCGCUCACACCGGUGGCGGCGACGGGGCCAUGAAGGUGAAGAAGAGCGGCGGGGCCGGGGCGGCGGCGGCGGCGGCGGCGCGCACCGAGGAGGAGCUGGGCCGCAAGGCGCUCAUCGGGCCCGACGACGUGCUGGGGCUGCAGCGGGUCACCAGCGAUUAUUUGUGCACUCCAGAGGAAAAUGUUUACAAGAUUGACUUCACCAGGUUCAAAAUCCGGGACAUGGAAUCUGGCACAGUCUUGUUUGAAAUCACCAAACCAGCAGCUUCAGACGACUGUGACGGAGCUUUACUUUGCGCUUUUCCAGAACGUGAACACAAUGACAAGAAGGACAUUGACCCCAAUGCUGGACGGUUUGUACGCUAUCAGUUUACCCCAGCUUUUCUUAGACUUCGGCAAGUGGGAGCCACGGUGGAAUUCACAGUAGGGGACAAACCCAUUAAUAACUUCCGCAUGAUUGAGAGGCACUACUUCCGGGAUCAAUUGCUUAAGAGUUUUGAUUUUGAAUUUGGGUUCUGCAUCCCCAGCAGCAAAAAUACUUGUGAGCACAUCUAUGAAUUCCCACAGCUCUCUGAGGAUCUCAUUCGAGAGAUGAUCCUUCAUCCGUAUGAGACACAGUCGGACAGUUUCUACUUUGUAGACAACAAGCUGGUGAUGCAUAACAAGGCAGAUUAUUCGUACAGCGGAGGACCUUGAGCACAGGACGCACAGCCGACCUGCGCUGGCCUUCCCUCCCUUUCCUAUCGAAGUCGUCAGGGAUACCAACACCUUCGGUUCCGUUGCCUGCAGUAUCAACCGGACAAGGAUCCACAAACCAAGGACUCUUUGCCACAGUAGGAGUUUCAUGACUAAAUUUGCCAGUCUCGUCCUUUUUGAGCUUUGAAGCAGACCCAGUUCUUCAGAACUUUAAGCGGUUCUACAAUGCUAAAUGAUCUUUGGAUACUACUUCCCUAAGUUCUUUAAGUGUCUGCUUUGAAAAAUGGCCUUGUGGGACCUGGGGGAUUUUGCCCUAAUUCUGCGGAUUUGUGUUCUUGCCCUCAUGUAUCUUUUAGGACGUGGUUGCUUUCUCAAAGAAUGUAAUAUGAGCAACCACGUGAGUGGAUGGAUGCAAAUGCAGAGUUUUGUUUAUUUCUUUCUCUUUGUGAAUGCUGCAAAGGCACAGCCAAUUUAACUUGUGCAUCCAGUUGAAAAUGUUGAGCAUAACACCUUACAAAAGCAAGUUUCAUCUUUAGAUUAGUUCUCUAAAUAAGUAUUUCAUCCUUUAGUUUUGUUCCUUCUAUGUAAUAUUCUGUUUAAUCUUGCAAACACUCGCAAUGAACACCAGGAGUUCAAAGACAGAGCUGUUUUUAAUUGGGUACUGUCCUUUUACGUUUCAGAUGAAGGCAAAAUAGCAUUGAGGGUCUGCAAACCUCCAUAAGCAUUUUCCAUUAAUUUCAGUUUUUGCAAACUGUUCGCAGAAUAGUCGGGGAAAAAUGGAAGGAUUUUAGCUUUAUUUAACAUUUUUACAUAGCUAACAGUCAGCUUAUGCUAUACGUUUUCCAUGUCUGUUUUCUUUCACCUCUGCUCAAUACUAAGAUAAGGGCUUCAGCACUGUUUGUUAGAGCAACACUUUCAUUUGUCUAGGGCAGUUGGAGAGUGAGGAAUUUCCAAUUUUCCAUUUGUAUCUCAAUUUGAAGAAUGUUAUGUCAGUGUUUUCCCUUUGUUAAAAAUGUUUUGCAUGGGAUAUUAAUACAGGUGAAACAGCAAAUCUAAAACUGUAGGACUUGAAGGCACAGCAAAAAUUUAGCAAAACCUCUCUCUUCAGACUCUGUAAGAAGACCAAUUUUGCCCCAGUUUCUCAGCGUGUGCUUCUUAGACAGAAGUGCAAAGAAGUAGCAACAUCAAAAGAGUAAACUAGUAUAUGCAAAACAAAACCUGGGAAGGCUGCAUGGGGUAGCCUGUUGUCAUGAAACCCUUACUCUAAAGGUCAGUUCACUGAUACUUUAAAAUAUAAAAGGCAGUUGCAGUUUGUAGAUAUUUCUAUAAAUACUUGAUGUCUCCAUGUCUAAUUCUGUGAGUUUAAGUGGAACAUUAUACGUUAGCCUCAGAUAGGUGUGAUUGUAAUAAUUUUUAUAAAAUCCCAUUUCCAGUCGUGAUUAACAUCUUUCUAGUCGCAGCCUAAGUCAAACAGAACUACAAAUGGUUCCAAACAUAGCCAUCAGCCUAAGGACCGGGAGGGUUUUGUGCUCUUGUUGGGGUUGUGGUCACUGUUAAAUGUGUUACCAUUUGUAUUUGGCUUGGCUUUCUUUACUUCUGAAAGAGGAUCCAGUUUUCUAAAGAAAAUGCAGUGAGUUUAGGUCACAGCACAGAAUUUUUUAUUGAUUGAUAGCUAAGAAAGUACGUAAAGUUCACUGAUUUUACACAACUAGUAUCUUGUAGUAAUUAUUAUCACAAUGAGACUUGUAUUUAUCACUAUUUUUUGUCUAGUGUAUUAAAUCAUACAAUUAGCCUACGGCUGACUUACCUGUUUGAGAGUUACAAAGAAUUUCCUCAUUAUUUGUACAAUGCUUUGAGCUACUGAUCAUUAAAUUUUAUAGCACUAUAAUUACUAAAGGUGAAAAUAGUUUCAGAAAGUCUAGAUCCUCCUCCUCCCCCCCCCCUUUUUUUUUGCAUCAGGGCUGUUAACUAUCUAUAUAUUCAAUGACAUUUUGCAAGUUUAAGUAUCUAUGAAUUUUGUUCCAAUUCUUGAAGGAGAAAAUACAUUGAUUUGAAGACAGAAGAGAGUGUGUGUGUUUAUAUCUAGCACCCUAUACAGGUUUUUUUUGAGGGUAUCUUUCAGCUUUCACCUGCUGUUCAUAAUAAUCACUUCUGUGCAUAAGAUUUUUAAAAGAUUUCUAGCAAUGGUGCUUGCCCCAAAUUGCCAGACACAUAUAUCAAACAGAUGUACGUUUCAAACAGAAAUAUACAUCUCAGUGUAUUUUGGUGAGAGUGGUCAUCCUACUUUGGUGCAGACUCUUGGGUUAUGGUAGGGAGUAUCCUUUCUGUAGAGCAUAUCAUUGUAAGCUGAUUGGAGUCAUGUUCUGCUCCUUUUUUAUGCUACCUCCUUUUAAGACUUUGGACUUCAAAAGUAAUUCCAUAAAAAUGUUACUGUAAUCAACAAAAACUUGAGCCGUAGACAUGCUCCUUUAAAAAGAACCCUGAAGAAAGUUACCUUGUCCCCAGUAGUGCAGUAUGUUGCUGAAUGGACUUUCUGACACUCUGCAUUUUACGACAGGUUUGAGGUUAAAUGUAAGAGGAUGUCUGUCCACUACCGAUCUCCUGAAUUCUGCUAACUGUUCUGAUAAUUCAGAUUCUAUGGGGAGUAAUUUCAAUCUAACAGAAAAUAUAGUGUGAAUCAUAUAGGAGAUAUUUUAUUGAGUGAAUUUGUUGUCUUCUAUUAUUAGGAAUACUUUAAAACAGGAACAAAUAUUGGAUAUUUUCAAUAAAAUAAAUUUCAACAUAUUUUAGCUUUAGCUUUUCAGUUUGAGGAAUUUUACUUUUUUUAAAAGUCCCCACAAUUUGCUACAAAUAACAAGUUCAGAUUCUUAAACCAAGGCAAAUAACAAAACUUUCUGUGGGAAGUGUAAGGAAGGUGCUUUUUUCCCUGUAUUUCACUGCAACAGUUAUCAUUGUGAUCUCUCUGUUUCACUUGGAAACAGGUUGUUUGCAUUUAUGUAAGGUCAUCUACAUCCCCAAUGUUUACAAACAUGUAGGAAUCCCUGUCCGUGGGAGGGGUGCCAUUCCUUUUCUACCUGUUUGUGCAGCAGUAUCAUGUGUGGUGUUGACAUGGGACAUUACAUUGUUGCACGUAAACAGCACUGGAAGAGUGUUUCUUCAAAAACCUCUGCAGAACAGUUGCUGUUCUAAUGCCACUUCUGUCCUUGUUUUGCAUUAAAACUAUGUGUAAAAUUUAAUGUUAAAGACCAUGCUUUGUACGGCACUGAACACUUUAAACUUUCAUCUGAAAGGAAGCUGAGAGCUCUCAGGUCAGUCAUAAAAUAAACCCCACAUUUUUUCCCUUAAAUUUGCAGCUGAUUCUUAUUAUAAAGCAGUUGAAAAAUCAAAUCUUGUUCACAGAGGAAUUUGUUCAUCUUCAUGACUAGUUGUUAUUUUGUAUUUUAAUAUUAAUCAUUAUUGGGUUUACUUUGGAAGUUCAUCUACAAAAUCACCCAAUAUUGGCUCUGGAAAGACAAUUCUUGUAUUUUUUUCUUUGGUCUCAUUUUAAAAAUUAUUUUAAUUAGCACUACAGCUCUUUAACGUGCCAGUCUGGAAAUUUGGGAUCUGACUUUCUGAAAGUGAAAGAAAACAUCAAACAGCUAACCAAGAUUAUCUGCUAGUAAUGACUAGCUGUUUCCUGUCAUAAGACAUGAUUAUAUGUGUACUUCAGAAUGAAUUAAUCUUGGGAAAAGAAACAGUCUGUGUGAGUGCUAAUAGUGACAUCAUUUUUCUGAGAGACAGGGAAAUUAUAACUCAACACAUUUUUUCACUUUCUCAGUCUUGGAUUCCUUUAAGCCUCACUUCUUUUAAAGAAAAGCAACAGGAAUACAUUUGUGGUUAACUGCCAUGCUGCAUGGUCUAAUAAUUCACAAGCUUUAGUGGCAGAAAGAGAACAAUUUAUUUUUAAGAUUAACACAUCAAGUAUAAGUACAGUUUAAUUUUCAGUAACUUUGUUCUCAGAUCAGUGACAAAAGCCAAAAUUGUUUCUGUAAAUGUAUCCUUUAUGUGGUAACAUUUAUGAAAUAACUGAACAAUCCACUCUCCCUGACUCAAGAACAAUUUUUUUUUUUUUUAAUGUAGAAAGUCUCUUCAGGUUUGCAAGCAAGGUGCUGGGGUUUAGUUCCUGCUCAUCAUCUCUCUCUACAUCGUGUUUUUGAGCAGGUCAGUUAAGAUAGCUCUAUUUGUCACUCCUCCAUUUCAGUUUCAUCUCAAGAGCUUGUGUAGAGUGUCAAAAUGGUGGCUGGCUGCGUGUGAAACAUUGCAAGCUACCAAGUUCCAAAUUCCCUUAUUUUGACCAAACUGACUAUUAUUUUGAGAAAUACAUCUUGACCCAUAAAAACUAGAUUCCAAUCUUCAUGACAAAAAUUAAAGGGAACUCUCAAUCAUGCAAAGAUUAUUUGGGGGCUAUUUAAGGUAAGAAAAUGCUAAUAUCCGACUCUCAUACUUAAUACAUAUUACAAAAAUGUUCUAUUAAUUAUUUAUAACCUGAAAAAAUAUGGUUGACAGCUCAAUUUUCAUUAGAUCUGAUUAGGUAUGAAACUAUAGAGAUUGUUGCUAUCCCUACUGGGGGAGGGGGGAAGAGCAACUAGAACCGCAUGUGUCGCACAAAAGCAAGACAGGUUUACGUACAUUGACUCUACUGGUAAAAGUUGUCUUUGGGAAAAAAAUGAGGGAGAGGGACAAGGACAGGAAAAGAGUUAUAAUCUCGGCUAAUUGGAACCAAGAGCUUUAAGGCCAUGGUAAGGGUAAAUGCUUUUUCUCUUGAGUUUGAGAUAGCUGGUAGCCUCUGUUAGCAGUUCUUUUCUAUACCCCCAGCAUAAGCACUACUUAAGUGUAUACAAAUGUUUCAAUAUUAAUCAGAUAUUAAAUUUCACUGACAGUUCAUAUCACUUUCUAAACAUGGAAAUAUAUUUGAAGAGUGUGAUACUCUAGGCCUCAAGUGCAGCUCAGUUUUUCUCUAAAUCACAGGACAGUCUGACUAAGCGGGUGAAAUUGUGUGUUUGUGUCUCUGUUCACAAGCUGUAGUUAACUGCCUCCCUAGAAUCACUGUGUUAAUGCCUACUGUGAUGUCUGCUUGUAUCUUAAUGCUACACUGAGAAAACCUGUUUGAAUGUGACAUUGACUUUUUUGCAUAGAAUCAGAAUUGUCUGUAUUAAAAUGUAUUUAUAAAAAAUAUAUAUUUUUUGUGGAAGGAAAGUAGGAUUCUAGUUAAUAUACCAUUGGGAAAAUGUUAGAAACAUUUUUACCAAGUUCAUUUAUAAUUCUUUCUAUCUUGUACAUUACCUGAUUUGUUUCCUAUAAGAACAUCCACUGUGGCCCGUUUAGUGGCAAUGCAAUGCACUGUCAUGCAGAGAAUCUGGUUUUCAGAAAACUGGGAGUCUUUUGUUUCCUUUUGGGACAGUAGGAAACUGAGUAGGUUGCCAGGAGAAAAAGGAACCUUGGCACCGAAUCCACUUCUGUGGCUUCGGCUUCAGUAACUAGUCUGCUUGAGUUGUUUGCAGAUAGGUAAGUAGUGAGAGCAAAGAUUGAGACUUCAGGAUAAAGAAAAUUAGAUGCUAUGAUUUAGUCUUCCUGUAGGAGAAGGAGAGUACUAAAAUUAAUUUAUACAAGGAUUAAAUAGGGAGUACACUUGCUUAAAAUUAUUUAAUAUUGGCAGCUUAGUCAUAAAUGUGCAUACUAGAUAAUAUGCUUAACUUUUUCCAUUACCUCAGAAAAUGGUUAAAACCAUGUCACUUUCAUUAGCAAGUGUUUCUUCUCCUGUAACAAAUUGCAAAAUGUAAAAAAUAAAUAAAUUAUUGAUCCUAGAAAGGGGCUGAUUGUCUAUUUUAUUUAAAUGUUUAUAUUAGCACAUGAAAAACAUUUACAUUUUCAUUUCAGACAUCUUCCAUCAAUAUUUGAGAUUGUUUUGUGCAAAUUUAUGUAACUAGUUUCACAUUCUGAUGAUUAUAAACUAAGCAAUGCACAUGUAAAAACACUUCAGUGGUUUGCGUAGUUGCAUGAGUAACACAAUUACAUUAAAAGUGUUUAAAUGGGAUUCAGCUUUCUGAUUGGUGAAAAUAUCUUGGGGCAAAAUUAAAAUAAAUUAAUUUCAAAGUAGAUUAACAGAACUUCGGAGUUCCACAGAUCGUAGUUAUGCAGCAGGUUCUGCUUUUGAAAAAUCUGCCAGCUGCACUAUGGAGAAUCAAUUUUUGAAACUAAUAUGACACCUGCAAUUGCUGUCUCUGCCAUAUUGACUAAAACUGAAACAUCUGCUCAGACUG